GGAGCAUAAGUCGUUUGAUUUUCGAUGAUGGACUUAAAACGCAGUUUAUAACUUUUAUUUUGUUCAUGAACAGUCUGUGAAUACAAAAUAAUGGAACAGAUAUGGCAUUUAGCAUUUUAUUGACUAAAUAUCUAACUAAUUUUUCUUUGCCUAUUUGAAUUGAAAACAUAACUUGAUUAUGCUCUCUUGCUGAAAACACAUGAACUGAUGAAUAAGCUGGGAAAAUGCUGGGUUGUGUUGGUAGAAAAGGGGCCAAAGCCUUCAAAUGGCUCAAGACAGGUGCUAAAAGUGCUGUUAUAACAAGCAGACAUUGUUCGAUAAAACCUGCAUUCAAACAACUCCCUCGUGUCAUUCAAUAUAACCAUCGAACUGGAAAUCUUAAAAAGCCAAGUGAAGCGCCCCAGAAUUUUAAAUGGUACACAAGCAGCACCGAUCAUCCUGAGACAUUCUUGAGUGCGCCUGAGCUCGAAAUCCUGGAAGACAUCCACAACAAAAAUAUUGGGGAUAUUGCACAAGACUUGUGUUCACUAAAACUGGCUGCAUUCAAGCGUAUAGAGCAUUUUCCCUGGCUACAAAAUGACUCUCAUAUCAUUUCUUACAUUCAACUUGCAUUGGGGAAUAAGAUCAACAGUACAGUAGGAUUAGUUAGACUACAUCCAAAUUUUGAUCAACUCCUAGGAAAAAUUGAAAAAAAUGUUCCUAAUUUUUCUGCCAGUGAUCUAGCAAAUAUUACUGUAUCAUUGACCCAAUUGGGAAUUGAAUUGCAAUCAAGCUUGUUUUGUAAAUUGUCAUUAGCCAAUCAGAAUGCUUCGUCAACUGACAUUGAUCUUCCCACUCUAAAAGAUUUUGCUGAAGUGAUACGUGGGAAAACAUAUAGAGAUUAUAAACUAAUAAAGAAUGUGAUUAAUAGAUUCAGUGAUUUGCUGGAGCAUAUUGAAUACACUAGAACGAACGCACGUUUGGUGUCUCAAACAGCACAUACUCUGGAGUACUAUAGCUCGCCUAGAUUGCGUACAAAAUUAUAUGAAAUUACUCUGAUGAUGUUUGAUAAAACUGAUACCCUUAGUUAUCCUGAAGAUAUCGCAGCGCACAUGCGCAUGGCAACACGUGUCUCUCAUGGUGAUAGAACAAUCCAGAAAGUUAUGGACAUCCUCAAUGCAUGUGCCAAUGCAGCAAUAUUAGUUGGGGACAGAUGCAACCAUGGUCAUUUGGCAGAUAUAUGUGGUUCCUUAAAAAAGGCUGGAUAUUAUGAUUUUAACUUUGCCAAAGCAUUCAAGGACAUUGGAUACAGAAAAUUGAACCCUGAUUUGAAGCUGAAUCAAAUUGUCAACCUCCAUACAGUGUUCAAAAGAGACAGUCCCAGUCACAUGAAGCUUGAAAUUGAAAGCAUAUUAUUAACAAAACUGAAGCAAGAAAAAAUAGAAGAUGUGAUCCUAUUAUCAAAUAUAUGUGAAAGCCUACAAGAUACAAACUGCAGUAAUGUUGAACUUUUGAACGAAGUACAGAAGCAUAUUCUUCACAAUGUGCCAGUUUUAACUGGGCAUACCUCUCACAGAACAGAUGUGAUUUUCAAGUUUGUGAGUAAUAUCAUCAUACGUAAGAACUUGUUAUCGAAGGAGCUGAAAUUGGCUUACCAUGACCAUCUUUGGAAGGCUAUUGAUGACCCUCAAACAACUGCUGCCGGUAUAACAAAAUAUCCCUAUACCGCAUUACAGGCCAUAUUACGCUUCACUGACCAACCAUUACCUCCUGGUCUGUUCAAGAAGAUCAUUGAUUUCUUGCCUAAUGCUGAUGUAAAAUCCCUAUGUGCAUUUGCGAAACGAAUAUCAGAUCUUCAGAGAGUGGAAUCCAUUGAGCUAAAACGUCAGUCUAUCAAGAUCUUGAAUGCUAUUUACAAAGCUGUGUUGGAGCAAAUACAUGAGGUCAAUGACCUUGGGACAUUGAGUAAUCUGGUGACCUCUUUAUGUAUGGAUAAGAAGCACAGAGACCCUAAUCUGACAAAUGCUCUGAUGAACCUGUAUCCUAACUUCACUAAGGAUCUAACUGAUGUCUCCAUGUAUAGAGUGGCUAAAUCAAUAGCUAACCUAAGGUUCUACCUGCCUGAGGUUAUGGAUGACUUGGUGGAUACCUGCAUUGCUAACCAAGAUACACUGACACUCAUCAGACUCCAGAGUGUCAUAGAUGCCCUGGCCCAAGUGGGAUACACUCCAAGACGUAGUGCUGAGUUCUCACAAAUUGCUUUCAAGUUAGUGAAUGAAGCGAACCUCAAUGACAACCUUCCAGUUAACAUGGUGAUUAACUUUGCGUUCUCCAUGUCUCUUAUACAGUGUUAUCCACAUGAUAUUCUUCGCAAAAUAUUCAGCCUUGAUUAUCUUAAGAAGGCAGACAAGACUCUCGAUUCUGCACAUCUUGGGCAUAAACAAUUCAUGGAAAGGCGUAUGAUGAUGUUAAACCGAAUCGUAGUGCUUGAGUGCCCAGAAUUGGACAUUCCAUGGUUUCAUGAGCAGUACUGCAAGGUCAAUAUGCUGGGAAAUCAAACAGGGCACAGACUGUCAUAUCAGGCAGAGCAUAUGAAAUCAGAGGUGGCUCGGGCAUUGAAUCAAAUUCUCCCCUCCCUCCAAACUAGCUCUAGCAGCCAAAAUCACCAUGGCAACCAAUAUACCUAUGGCAACCAACAGACCUAUAGCAAUCAAAGGAAUAAAAGCUAUCAAAUGGGAUACACCAACAACCGAAGUGAAAAGUUUACGAUGAAUGUUUUCUCCCCAUACUACCAUCACAUAGAUUUUUCCUUACUGCUUGAUGAGUCAAACAAUCCAGUGAAUAAUGUCAUCGACCCAUCAGUCCCGAUACCUGAAAACUGGCAAAAGGUGGCAGUGCUAUUGUACAGUGAGGCCAUGUAUUGUUACUCAAGUUCGCAUCUUCGCGGACAUCAGCAAUCACGGAAAAGACACUUAGAAAUCUUAGGAUACAAUGUUGUGGAGAUAUCCUACCUAGAUUGGUAUUCAAUGGCAAAUUCAGAAUGGAGCUCCAAAUUGACUUACCUCAGAAACAAAUUAUUGGACACUUGAAAAUCUGGAGAAAUAGUGAUGAGUCAGCAAAUAAGUGGGUUCUCCCCUUUUGGGACACCAACAAAGACAGCGUUGAAGCCUGCUUUCAACAACAUAAAGAUGGCAGCACGGUGUACUUGAGACAAAAUCCCCUUUUAUUCCAAGUUUGUUAACUUAAUCAUCAGGCGUGCAUUUCUGUGAGCAUUCUUUAAUUUAUGACAUCACAAUUUCCACUGUGACAACAAAGGAUUGAUGAUACAUGAAAGACAUUGCCUCACUGUACUCUAAUAAUGAGAGCAACAAAUACAAUCUAAAAUGGUGACAAUU